UGCAGAUUUUUUGAUGCUGACAUGAUUUUAAACGACUUUGUCGUUUUAUUUCUGAAUAUAUGCAGCUGUCUACCAUUUAAACUUUCAUCCAUCAUUCACCGAAACCCUCGUUUGCCGUCUCAGUUUUGCUAACAUCCCCGGAAUCGCCAAACAGGGUAGGUUUCCCCUUUGCAGACGCCGAAAAGUUUGGUCUCCAUCACCAUUUGAAAAUGAAAAGACAGGCCGGGAGAGAGACUAGUCCGUCCAGGGCUUUGGCUAAACGAAUACGGGAAAGGGACCGAGAGAGUGCGCGGAGAGAGGAGUUGCCUCCGCCGCCGUUGGCUUUGCUGCUGGCGGAUAGCCGGGCAUACCACAAGCGGAGCCGCAGCAGGGAGCGGGAGAAGCCCCGGCUGAGAGAGGACCGUACUGCGGCCGCCUUGGAGCUCCACCACCGGCAUGAACUCGGGCUCCUCGGCCGUCCUCCGCUACGGACUACCGCGGCGGACAUCGCCGGUUCGAGGCCGGGCACUUUGGAAUAUAAAACACUUCUUAUUAGUAACCUCGGCUCGCAGGUUCCCGACGAAGACGUCGAGGACUCGCUGUUUCACGAGUUUAAAAAGUUCGGUGACGUUAGUGUGAAACUCUCGCAUACACCAGAGCUGGGUCGGGUGGCAUACGUGAAUUUUCGGCAUCCAGAGGACGCCAAGGAGGCGAAGCAUGCUAAAUCCAGCAGGUUAGUGUUGGGCGAUCGUCAACUCAAAGUAGAGCCUAUGUAUGUUAGACGGAGGAGCGUCACGCCGCCGGAUGUUGGUUUUUUACCUCUGCACGUCCCGUACCCUUACCGGCAGCGCUCCCUCUCACCCCCGGGGCCGGGGGUAAGUAACCUCAGAGAGCUUAGAGCCAGACAGUAUGCCUUGGAGAGUCUGGGUCUGAGCAGAGAGAGGGAGAGGAUCUUGGAUUACUAUGGUAUGCUGGAUGAGAGGGGCCGGCCCUAUGGCCUCCCCCCCAUGCCGGUGGUGGAGGAUUUAAAACCUGAAGAUGAUCAGAGAGCAACGAGCAACCUUUUUAUUGGAAAUUUGGAUCAUAACGUUACAGAGGGGGAGCUCAGAAGGGGUUUUGAUAAGUAUGGGAUUAUUGAGGAUGUCGUGAUUAAGCGUCCUGCAAGAGGCCAAGGUGGAGCUUAUGCUUUUGUGAAAUUCCAGAAUUUGGACAUGGCGCACAGAGCCAAAGUGGCCAUGCAGGGGCGAAUGAUCGGUGGCAACCCGGUGAAGAUUGGAUAUGGUAAAGCUAAUCCCACCACGCGUCUCUGGGUCGGUGGUCUUGGGCCUGGGAAUUCCCUUGCUGCCCUUGCACGUGAAUUUGACCGCUUCGGUAGUAUACGAAAUAUUGACUAUGUUAAAGGGGACAGUUUUGCUUACAUUCAGUAUGAAAGUUUGGAUGCAGCCCAGGCUGCCUGCACACAGAUGAGGGGUUUCCCUUUAGGAGGCCCUGAGCGCCGUCUGAGGGUGGACUUUGCCAAAGUGGAGGAAAGUCCCUCCCGUCCAUUUCCCCCAGGUUAUCAACCCCCGGUGCCGCUCCCCGCCCACUAUGAACUUCUUGGUGAGGGGUAUGGACGCCACUGGAGCCUUGAGCGGGAACUACGAGGAGCUCGAGAUCGCUCCUCACCUUCCCCCCACAGCCUCCUCUCCCCGAGAGAAAGAGAGAGGGCCCUGCUGGAGAGAGACUAUCCCAGCAGUCCCACACGCAGUUUGGAAAGGAGAGCAGGGGGAGUGGAGGCCUUUGGGAGAGGAGGGAGAAGUGCGAGGAGCCGCAGCAGGAGCAGGGAGCGCUGGCUGAAGGAGAGGGAGGAGAGACGGACCAGGAGGAGGAGCAGGAGUAGGAGUCUUUCCAAUGACAGACUGACAGAGGAGAGGGAAAGAGAGAGGGAAAAGGAAAGGGGGCGGUCCAAGAUUAGAGGCCAGGUAGGGCCCGUGUCUCCUGAGGCCAGCCCAGACCGGGCACGGGUUCGCGCACCAGACUCUACCACAGAGCCCAGAGACCACUCUCCGGACAAUGGCGUUGGGGCAGCACCUUCUGCCAUCAGUGAAGAAGACCCAGCUCCACCCCAUAGCCGCCACCACGUCAAGAGAUCUUCCAUGGAGCAUCUUAACAACCAUCACCAAAGAAACAGUGAUAGCACUGUGAAUGCCAGCUCUUCUCCAGUGCUCACGAAUGCACAGGACUCCCCUCCCAGUACGCUAUCUGAAUACGCCCAGGCCAGCCUUCCCAAGUCUUGGCACGGUUUCUUUGCGCUGAAAAAUAGCAGCUUCCCCACAGACCUGUACUUGCUGGAAGGGGGCUCCUCCUUCUUUAAUGCUGUGAUGAAGGACAGCCUGAAGCUGCUGAGCCAAAACCAGCCCAGUCAGUUGAAGAUUGCUCAGAGGCUCCGCAUGGACCAAACCAGACUUGAUGAGGUGACGCGGCGCAUCAAGCAGGGACGACCGGAUGGCUUUGCAAUCCUGCUGGCACUCCAAGGCCCAAUAGAUCGUCAUGCCCCUCCACCUGAGCCUGGGCUUCAGGUACGCUUGCUUCGUCACCUUGUGACUUACCUGCGGAACAAAGAAGCAGCUGGGGUAAUAAGUCUCCAUGCCACCAGAGAGGGGGGAACCGGGGCAAUGCUGUAUGCCUUUCCCCCUGGGGAGUUUUCACAGCAAUACCUCCAGACAGCCAAAAGGACUGUGGGAAAUCUGGACGAGGAGCAUAUGGUUAUUGUGAUUGUCAGUGACACUAACUGAUUUUUAAAGUGCACUGGCAUACACUGAUAAACAAUACAUGUGCAUACAUUUACGAACAAUUGAGCACACACACACGCACCACACACCCAAGGGCACAGGAAAAUGACGUUUGCUAACUUCCAUAAUGACACGGACAUUUUGUUUUUAGAUUAAAGCAAGGACUUGUAAUGUUUUAGUGAAUCAGUAUCUUAAAAACAAAACACAACCAAUAACACUACAUCUUACUCUCUAUGUCUACUCUGGUUUGCAAGAUAAAGAAGAGUUUAGCACUCCUUGGAAUGAUGGUAAAUGCAGUUUUAAGGGAUUGUUGUGAACACUAAGGAGUGAGGAUAUAGAUGAAAAGGCCUGCUGUAUCUACAGGCACCUCUGUUUCUUUUAUAUCCUAAAGCUGUAACAUAACACUAAAUUUUAAGGGGUUGUUUAUACACAGUGUGCUUUAUCUAGGGAUGGGUACCGAAACCCGGUAUUAAACAGACACUGGUGCUAAAUUAUUAAGACGGUAGUAUUGAUAAGCUCUGAUGUUAAUGGUUCUGAUAUCUGUAUUGUAGAAAUUGAGAAAAUAAAUUUCCUGUUUAUUUAGGCUACAUAAAAAUUAUCUUGCACCUUUUAGCUCACCAACUCUGUUUCUAAUUUGCAGUAAGAUUAAGACAUUUGUCCAUGUUGCAUUUUCACUAUUCCCAAUCUCUUUCUCAGAGCCUGUCGUAUGUGCGAGCCAAAGGGCAGGUCUAGCUCUCUGCCUGUCUUUCUGAUGCGUGCACACACACACAGCCUGCUCUUAGUGACAGUGGCGGAGAGAGAACUAAAGGUCAAAAGUCUGGUUAUACUUCACUGGAGUCGAUGCUGACAAUGCUCGUUGCCACAAGUACAAGUCUUUUGCAUGUAAGGGCGGAAACAAAAGCAAUCUUUGGAGACAUCUAGCGAAAGUGCAUCGAAUACAGGCGUGAAAAUGCACAGGUUUCGACUGCCUGGCUCGUAGUUCAUCUCUCGUUGCCCUUCCACCUCAGGUGUGUUAUGUGUGCUAGCAGC